AAAAUGUAUGAAGUCUUGUGUUUCGUUCCUUAGAUCUGGUAAUUCUCGGCUGUAAUGUGUCUCAUGAAUCUUUGUAAGAAGUGUUAACGGUUUUUGAAGGAAUUCGUCCUAGCUUUCACUUAUCAUAUGAACCUUUUGUUGGCAAUCCCCCAGUUACCAACGUUGAAGAGUUUUUGAGGGAAAAUCACUUCAAAGUAUCUCUGUUGGUGAUGGACGGUUCUACAGUGAGCGAUAGUUUCAACAAUCACAAAGCGAUGGAGUAUCAACAACUGGUAGGAAGUAUAGCGGAUAAAGUUGCUAUAAGGGUCGUCAUCUUGGUUUGCAAUCGUAGCCCCUUAAAUGUAUCAAAAAAGGAUGGGAUGAAGCGUAAUGAAUUCAUUGCAGGAAUCAAUAGGAUAGAAAAGGUGUUUGUUGCAGAGGUGAGCGACGGAAAACUGGCUGUGGAGAAAGAUGUUUUAGUCGAAAACCGAUUCAAGUUCUGUUAUCUCGGAUGGGCUCAGAGCUACUUUAAAUUCAUGUUCCCACAUCAAAUACACAGAUAAUCCGUUCAAGUGGCUUUCAAAGACUGGAUGUAAACACUGACUCAUUAACCACACAUUCAAAUAACUCAAGAAGAGAGUCUCUAGAAAAGUAUUCUUCAGAAAGGAAAAGCAUUCAUAGAAAGGUUGCUCAAAAUACCCAGCAGCUGGUGCGGGCGUCACAGUUACCGAUUAAACCGCCUCCUGUUGUUGCGCUAAGAGGUUUGGCUCGUUAUGGAAUGAUUUG